AUGGGCGUUAGUGACCAAAUUUGGCUUGCCGCUGAUGAUUCCGAAGCACUCUCAAGCUGUCGAUUGAUAGUUCAACAUAAUAUGAUCUUCACCUUUGAUUUAGCCGGCUUUUCAACCUAUCACAAGCUCAAGAUGAACAUCGCAGUCUCCGAAAAAAAUUGCCCUGCCGCGAGUAAACUCAUUCUGAUAUGGAGGACUUCAACAGUGUGGAGCACGGAGGACUUGCGCAGAUUGAGUAUCCAAGACGAGCAUGCCUUUGGGUUGGAAGGUCCGAAUUUUCCCAGAGACAGCGUAUCGUCGUCCGGGGAGCGGGAUUACGGAUGUGUGGAGGGUUGUGAGGCUGUGGGAUGGAUGAAGCAGCACACUGGAAGAGUGAGAUCGACUCCCCCGAUCGACGCGAGAUUCCUUCCUCCCUUGGCAGGGACUUCGACUAACGCAUGCCUUGUUCACUCUCAGGAGCAGGGUUCUUCUCCUGGAAAUCCAGUGUCCGGCGGGCAAGGCCAAGAGAGACGGCGGGUUCCGAGUCCUGUGUAUACAGGUCUCGGUCUUAUGCAGUCUGAGGGUUUCGGUGGCGGUGCAUUUUCAUUACCUCCGAUGUUUCCCCGGGAAUAUACGUCAUCCUGUUUCGGCAACCUAGGCAUAAUUCGGCAUUAUCGGCAUUGA